UCUGAGAGCUGGUAGAGGUAGCAGCACCUUUGCUUGACCUGAGGAGUGUGGACAGAUCCACCCUCAUUCCCACCAUGGCGUGGAGUAAAUCUAUACUCUGUUUUCUGGCCCUGGCUGUUACCUGUGGCCUCCAGGUGAACGCAAUGCGGGUGCGAAAGAGCAAUCAUGUCAGCAACAUUUGCAGCAUGUGGGGAAAUUUCCACCUUAAAACAUUUGAUGGAGAUGUCUUCCAGUUCCAAGGCACUUGUGAAUAUAACCUAGUCUCUGACUGCCAUGGGCCUGUACAGGGUUUCUCUGUGCACGUGAAAAGAGCAGAGACCCCUGGGAAUCCACAAAUCAUCAGAGUGCUGGUCACUAUAGGAGACCUGGCCAUUGGGCUCACCAAGAAUAUGGUUAUGGUCAACGGCGAAAUUGUAAAACUCCCACACUAUGUAGCAGGGGUGAUGCUUGAAGAGAACUCUAUCUACAUUAAACUGUACGCCAAACUGGGCCUCAGUGUCACAUGGAACAAAGAUGAUGCUGUCAUGCUGGACCUGGACCCCAAAUAUUCUAACCAUACCUGCGGACUCUGUGGAGAUUUCAACGGGGUUCCUGUUUUAAACGAGUUCCUAAGUGAUGGUCGUGUAAUUGGCUUCAUUGAGUUUGGCAACAAGCACAGGAUCCACAACCCCAAUAACUUCUGUGAAGACCCUUAUGAAGAAUUUGACAAUGAAGAAAAUUUGCUCGACAAGUGCCAAUCUUUUAGAGAAGACUGUUCCGAGCUGCUGGUGGAUGAAACCUGGUCCUUGUGUAGGAAUGUUUUGAGUCCAGAACCUUAUGUCCAAGCUUGCAUGAUGGACAAGUGCAGGAGUCGCCCAGGGGACACUGAGGACACUACUCUCUGCAGCACCCUGUCCGAGUACUCGCGCCAGUGCUCCCAUGCAGGGGGAAGCCCACCCAACUGGAGAACAGGAACCUUUUGUGCUGUAACUUGCCCCUUUAACAUGGAGUACUCUGAGAGCGGUUCGCCCUGUCUGGACACGUGCACACACACAGACACCAGCUCACUGUGUGAGGAACACAAGAUGGAUGGCUGCUUCUGCCCAUCUGGUACUGUGUUUGAUGAUAUCUCUGAGAGAGGCUGUAUCCCUCAGGAACAGUGCCAGUGUCAGUACCACAAGAACGUGUUCAACCCUGGAGAGGUUCUAGCCAAGGAUGAUGAAGAAUGUGUGUGUCAACAGGGAAGGUGGAUCUGCAAGAGUCUGUCUCUCCCAGGUGUGUGUGCUAUGGAGGAGGGUUCCCAUUUCACUACUUUUGAUGGGAAAGAAUUUACCUUCCAUGGAAACUGCUAUUAUGUUCUUUCCAAGGACUGUGUUGGCUCAAAGUUCACUAUUUUGGGACAGCUUAUUCCUUGCGUCGCCCAGCAUACAGACACAUGCCUGAAGUCAAUUGCAUUACUACUCAACAAUGACAAGAGCAAUGCCUUAAUCUUCAAAGAUGAUGGCAUAGUAAGGCACAACGGAGAUGUAAUACUCCCUUACACCACUGCUGAAUUCACCGUAUUCAGACCAUCGUCCUUCCACAUCAUGUUGCAGACCACUUUUGGGCUCCAGAUCCAGGUGCAGCUGGUUCCACUCAUGCAGGUCUACAUCACCCUGGAUAAGCGCUUCCACACCAAGACCUGUGGUCUGUGUGGAAACUUCAACUUGGUGCUGUCCGAUGAACUGACGAGCCCACAAGGUGUUGUUGAAGGGACAGCCACAUCAUUUGGGAAUUCCUGGAAGGCUCAGUCCAACUGUCCUGACCGUACAGAGAGGCUUGAUGACCCCUGCAGCUACAACAUUGACAGUGAGAGCUAUGCAGAGCACUGGUGCUCCAAACUGAAGGAGAAGGAAAAUGUGUUUGCCAAAUGCCAUUCUACUGUUAACCCUGAAAACUACUACAAGAGGUGUAAAUACUCAAGCUGCAUUUGUGAGAAGAGCGAAGACUGCUUGUGUGCUGUUUUCUCCUCCUACGUUCGGGCAUGCGCAGCAAAGGGGGUGUUCCUGCAAAGCUGGAGAGACACAGUGUGUGAGAAAUACACCAAAAGCUGCCCAGAUUCCCAGACUUUCACCUACAAGCUUCAGCAAUGUCAGCACACAUGUGAGUCCCUUAGCUUGGAACGUCAGGGCUGCAGCACUGACUAUGUGCCUGUGGAUGGGUGCGCCUGUCCAGAGGGGCUCUAUGAGAGUGAGAAUGGUGUCUGUGUGCCCAUGGACAAAUGCCCCUGCUAUUACAAUGGAGCGCACAUUAAACCUGGCAAGUCAAUCAACAUCAACAACGAGCACUGUAUUUGUACAAAUGGAAAGCUUCAGUGCCAGUCCUGGAGGCCUCACAGUAAAGAAUGUCAGGCUCCAAAGGUCUUCUUUAACUGCAGUACAGCAGGGCCAGAUCAGCAUGGGUUAGAGUGUGCACAAACAUGUGCACAAAAGAAUGUUGAUUGUUAUCUCGCAGAAUGUGAGUCAGGAUGUCAGUGUCCUGAAGGCCUGCUUGAUGAUGGUCGUGGUCACUGCGUUAUGGAGCAUCAGUGCCCUUGCAAACAUGACAAUCACUUUUAUCCUUCAGGUUAUGAAAUCAUAAACGGGUGUAACAAAUGCACAUGUACAUAUGGCAAGUGGGAUUGUAACAAGGAUAAAUGCUCUGGAACUUGUGCCAUCUAUGGCAGUGGACAUUACAACACUUUCGAUAAGACAAGAUUUAGUUUUAGUGGAGACUGCAGUUACAUAGCUGUCCAGGACAAGUGUGGAAAUAAGACGGGGACAUUUCAUGUGAUCACAGAGAACGUACCAUGUGGGACAACAGGGACCACUUGUUCCAAAGCUGUUCGAAUUGCAUUGGGCGAAACAAAGCUGGAGUUGAGAGAUGGUGAAAUUACAGAUUAUGGGGCUACAACUGGUAAUUUCAAUGUGAAAAAUGUGGGUCUUUACCUGGUCAUACAGACUGACAUUGGCCUAACAGUGUUGUGGGACAAGAAAAUGACAGUCCACAUCAUUCUUCAACCCCAGCAUAUGGGAGAGGUUUGCGGAUUGUGCGGAAACUACAAUGGAAAUGGCAUGGAUGACUUCACCACUCAAGGCUUGCAUGUUUCCGAUGUUCUAGAGUUUGCAAACAGCUGGAAAGUACGAAGCGAGUGCCCAGAUGCUAAACCAGACUUUGAUACAUGUUUGAAAACGCCUAACCGCCACACUUGGGCAGAAAUGCAAUGCAGCAUCAUUAAAUCUGACACUUUCAAAGAGUGCCACAGUAAGGUGGAGUUGACCCCCUAUUUUGAAAGCUGUGUAAAAGACUCAUGUGCAUGUGACACUGGUGGGGACUGCGAGUGUUUCUGCACUGCUGUGGCAGCUUAUGCACAUGCCUGUAAUGGAGCAGGAGUCUGUGUGGACUGGAGAACCCCACAGAUCUGUCCUGUGUACUGUGACUACUACAAUCACUAUAAUGAAUGCGUAUGGCACUACAGUGCCUGUCACACAUGCUACAAAACCUGCGAAAACCCUGACGGCAGCUGCACCAACCCUUUAACUAACAUGGAGGGAUGUUAUCCCAAAUGUCCUGAGGACAAGCCUUACUUUGAUGAGAAGAAUAAGAUUUGUAUUGAUAUAUGUGAUGGAUGCAUCAUCAAUGGAAAGUAUUAUCAUCCUUGGGAGCAAAUACCAUCUGAAAUACCAUGCUAUUCACGUUACUGUGAUGAUAAUGGAAAGGAAAUAUAUGUUCCCAUAACUGGGUGCUGCAGUUACAAUGGAACACAAUAUAAUGAGUCUGAUGUCAUAUACAAUGUAACGGACAACAUGGGAACAUGUUACUAUGCUAUAUGCAAAAAUAGCACUGUUAUCAAUGGCAGCUAUCCCUGCCCCACACCACUACCAUCAACGACAACCGAAAGCACCACCCAGAGCACAACAGGGCCCUCUACUACUACACACACUACCCAUAUAUCAACCACAACCCAUACAGAAACCUCUACAUCAACGCAAACUUCAACUUUAACACCUAGCAUUGAAACAAGUACCCAACCAACAACUACUCCAGUGGAGACAACAACUACAGUCACUACACCAUGCACUCCUAAAUGUGAUUGGUCUGGCUGGAUUAACGUGGAUAACCCAAAAACAGGAGGGGGAAAUGAUUUUGAGACAUAUGAAAAUAUCACUAAGAGUGGAAAGGAAAUAUGUGAACAUCCAGAAGACAUACAGUGUAGAUGUUUACAAAGGCCUGAUAUGUCUCUGGAAGAAUUUGUACAAGAAACAGGUCAGGUUGUUCAGUGUGAUGUUUCAUUUGGUUUAAAAUGUGAAAAGGGGAAACAGACAGCAAGGCCAUACAAAUGUUUUGAUUAUGAAAUUAGAGUACUCUGUUGUGAAUGUAUUUCUACACCAACAACAACACCAACAACAGUGGGGCCAACAACUACAACUCCUGUAUCAAGUACAAUAACUGAAAGUAGCACAACAACUAAAACUGGGCCAACACCUACCAGUGGAACAACUACCAAACCAACAACUACUCCAGUAGUUACAACUGAAUCAAGCACAUCUCAGACAACAACAGUAAUUAUUACAGGGACAACGUCUAGUGUAAUUAGUACCCCUCAAAUCACUGAAAGUACAACUGAAUCAACAACUGCUAAAACAACUACCCAGCCAACAACUACUCCAGUGGCACCAACAACUACUCCAGUGGUGCCAACAACUACAACUCCUGUAUCAAGUACAACAGCUGAAAGUAGCACAACAACUAAAACUGGGACAACAUCUCCCACUGGAACAACUACCCAACCAACAACUACUACAGUGGUGCCAACAACUACAACUCAUGUAUUAAGUACAACAACUGAAGGAAACACAACAAUUCAAACUGAGUCAAUACCUACCAGUGGAACAACUACCAAACCAACAGCUACUCCAGUAGUUACAACUGAAUCAAGCACAUCUCAGACAACAACAGUAAUUAUUACAGGGACAACGUCUAGUGUAAUUAGUACCCCUCAAAUCACUGAAAGUACAACUGAAUCAACAACUGCUAAAACAACUACCCAGCCAACAACUACUCCAGUGGCACCAACAACUACUCCAGUGGUGCCAACAACUACAACUCCUGUAUCAAGUACAACAGCUGAAAGUAGCACAACAACUAAAACUGGGACAACAUCUCCCACUGGAACAACUACCCAACCAACAACUACUACAGUGGUGCCAACAACUACAACUCAUGUAUUAAGUACAACAACUGAAGGAAACACAACAAUUCAAACUGAGUCAAUACCUACCAGUGGAACAACUACCAAACCAACAGCUACUCCAGUAGUUACAACUGAAUCAAGCACAUCUCAGACAACAACAGUAAUUAUUACAGGGACAACGUCUAGUGUAAUUAGUACCCCUCAAAUCACUGAAAGUACAACUGAAUCAACAACUGCUAAAACAACUACCCAGCCAACAACUACUCCAGUGGCACCAACAACUACUCCAGUGGUGCCAACAACUACAACUCCUGUAUCAAGUACAACAGCUGAAAGUAGCACAACAACUAAAACUGGGACAACAUCUCCCACUGGAACAACUACCCAACCAACAACUACUACAGUGGUGCCAACAACUACAACUCAUGUAUUAAGUACAACAACUGAAGGAAACACAACAAUUCAAACUGAGUCAAUACCUACCAGUGGAACAACUACCAAACCAACAGCUACUCCAGUAGUUACAACUGAAUCAAGCACAUCUCAGACAACAACAGUAAUUAUUACAGGGACAACGUCUAGUGUAAUUAGUACCCCUCAAAUCACUGAAAGUACAACUGAAUCAACAACUGCUAAAACAACUACCCAACCAACAACUACUCCAGUGGUACCAACAACUACUCCAGUGGUGCCAACAACUACAACUCAUGUAUUAAGUACAACAACUGAAGGAAACACAACAUUUCAAACUGAGUCAGCACCUACCACUGGAACGACUACCCAACCAACAACUACUCCAGUGGAGACAACAAUUACAGUCACUACACCAUGCACUCCUAAAUGUGAUUGGUCUGGCUGGAUUAACGUGGAUAACCCAAAAACAGGAGGGGGAAAUGAUUUUGAGACAUAUGAAAAUAUCACUAAGAGUGGAAAGGAAAUAUGUGAACAUCCAGAAGACAUACAGUGUAGAUGUUUACAAAGGCCUGAUAUGUCUCUGGAAGAAUUUGUACAAGAAACAGGUCAGGUUGUUCAGUGUGAUGUUUCAUUUGGUUUAAAAUGUGAAAAGGGGAAACAGACAGCAAGGCCAUACAAAUGUUUUGAUUAUGAAAUUAGAGUACUCUGUUGUGAAUGUAUUUCUACACCAACAACAACACCAACAACAGUGGGGCCAACAACUACAACUCCUGUAUCAAGUACAAUAACUGAAAGUAGCACAACAACUAAAACUGGGCCAACAUCUACCACUGGAACAACUACCCAACCAACAACUACUACAGUGGUGCCAACAACUACAACUCCUUUAUCAAGUACAACAGCUGAAAGUAGCACAACAAUUCAAACUGAGUCAACAUCUACCAGUGGAACAACUACCAAACCAACAACUACUCCAGUAGGUUCAACUGAAUCAAGCAUAUCUCAGACAACAACAGUAAUUAUUACAGGGACAACGUCUAGUGUAAUUAGUACCCCUCAAAUCACUGAAAGUACAACUGAAUCAACAACUGCUAAAACAACUACCCAACCAACAACUACUCCAGUGCAACGAUAUUUGAAAAUAAGCACAUUGGCUCAGGUAUAUGUUUGA